AUGUCCUCUCCCGACUCCACUGGCUCUGCCUGGUCGAUCAUCAGCCACCACGAACAAGAAAAGGAGGCUGCUUUGCAUAAACAGGCCGCUAUACUAGAGCAGCACAGUUCAGAUGGAGAAUCCGCUGCCGCCCCCACCGCCACUCAUUUCGAACCCGCCACUACUGCACCUGGCCCGAUUCCUAUACCCAGCGCGCACCGAGACCCCAAGAGGGCUGCAACCAAAGAGUUUCCGACUGUGGGCCCAGAUGACGACAGGUCCGAGCGCCGCGAUGAGCCGCACUUCAUUUGUGCGACGGGUGAGGUCGUCGCUGCUUGGUGGGAAGAAUCCGUUCUUGUCCCAGAACAAAGCUGCAGAAAAGAAAGAGAAAGCAAGGUACAUAUAGCCAAGAAACAGGCUUUCGUCAUACCUCCCCCUCUUUCGCCGGAGCCCGACGCAGUUAUUGUUCGGAGGCCAGGCUCGGAGUCAAAUGGAACUACUCCAGAACCGCCGGUCGCGCCCAAAGCUUCAAGAGGACCCCGACCGCCGGUUACAACUUAUUCGACCAAGCUUUAUUCUAACCAAUAUGCGCAACCAACCCAGCAACCCACUCAAUCCUCUCGGCCGCGCAAGGGUUCAUUUUCGUCGCCAAUGCAUUCGCACCAAUCUUCUUCUGAACCUGCAAAGACCGAAAGACCGCCUUCGAGGAAUAAAUCUAGAGGGUCGAGAGAAAUCCCCAUCGUUGAAUUAUCCGGAAGAAAUAAUGAGGCCCCACCCAUAGAACGUGAGCCGGUCCUAGGAGCCCUUCAAUCGCAUCGCGUAAACCCGAACAAAGCGACUUAUGCUCCACCAGCUUCCGCGCCAACACAACCGACCAUAAGGCCUCUGCCUUCACUUCCAGCCACAAAACCUACCGUUACUCUUGUACCACCACCCCAGCCUGCCGCUGCUCCGCCACCUCCACAACUAGAGUCACGUCCCAACCCUCCUCCAAACACUGCGGUAGCUACCCCUGUACCUCAACCAGUUCGCCCACCGCCAGAGAGUCUCCACCCAGCUGCCCAUUACUCUGAUCCACAGCAGCAUUACCAGCCAACCCAACGAACGGUAUCGAAUCCACCUGUUGUGCGCUACAAAACCUCGAGUGACAGGACGUCAUACACGACGACCGCCACCACACCCAGUCUCAGUUCGAGUGUAAAGACGCAUGGAAGUCAAGGUGCUUCAGACGCACCUCCCAAAGGCGCAGAGCGUGUCGGCUGGGCUGCUGCGCCCCCAACGAGGCCCGCCAUGUCAGGCCAUACACGCGCUGCAACUCUUGACCAGGUAAACGCAUCCGAAGCGUGGAAUCAGUCUUACAACAGCUAUCGAUACGAAACGCACCAUUCAUCGCCGCCCAAAUCUAAACCGAACAAAUUACAACGCCACGCAACGACUGCUGCUUCGACACCCAGUGCUGCUGUGACUCACUACUAUUAUGACCCUUCGCCACCGUUGAUCACGAGAAACACGCGACUGAGCGAGCUCAAAGAGGAUUAUCGUAACCCUGGAUCCGAGCGGUCAAGCAUCAUUCGGCGCAAGAUCAACUACCUCCGUUUCGAGCUGGGGUAUACUGGGCUGCGCCGUGCUCGAGGUGAUGGAAAUUGCUUCUACAGAUCCUUUGCGUUUUGUUACCUGGAACAGAUCUUAUUUGCGGAAGAUCGCGCUUUGGCAGUAAUCAAUGCACUUGACAACUUGGAAAUUGCGCAAAAUUUGGUCGAGGCCGCGUUACCAGAUAAUAAAUUCAGCAAACAAAUGCAUCUUUUUCUGAGAGAUUUGAUUCGUAACAUUGAACUGGGUAAAACAGAUCAAAAGAAACUACUACGGACUUUCCAGGACAUGCGUGAUUCGGACGAUAUCGUCGCAUACGUCCGCCUACUGGCAUCCGCAUACAUCCGUCUUACCACGGAAAUGCAUGCAUCAGUAUUUCACCCUGAUGACCCCACUGUAAUCGUUUCCCCAAUCGAGUUUUGUAUAUCUUUUGUUGAAGAAAUGGGGCAAGACGCGGAUCAUCUCCAGAUAUCUGCGUUAAGUCGAACAUUGAACGUAGCUAUAUACAUUUACCGUUUGGAUGAAAAGAUUGAUGGAGUGGCACCCAACGAGCAAGAUAUUCCUGCACAUUGCACCCGGUUUACGCCUACUGAUGUACCGUUACUAACUGAACCUGUUGCUUUACUUUUCCGGCCCGGCCACUAUGAUAUUCUUGAGCGACAUCCCGAGCAGAUAUAA